AUGAUGCGACACGAGAUUAUGCGACACAAGAUACCCUCCAAAGGUCUGCAGAUUAGCCUCUACAUCAAAGAUGCCGAGGUCACUUCCCGUGCCGAGAUCGAAGCAGUGGCGGUGCUUCCCCAGAAGUUACAAGCAGACUCCAGACUGGCCGUAUACAGCUGGCAGCAAAGCGAAGAUUUCAAGAUUCUGGGGCGCAGUUUGCAAGAGCAGGAGGUCGAUCAAGUACUCGAGCGGGAGGAGACGCCAGUCGGUGCUUGGAGUCGCGAGGACGGUUGGUGGUGGGAGUCGACUUAUGCGCCAUAA